GCCCGGUGGUCUCUUCACCAGAGCCCCCUCGUCCGCCCGUUCAGUGCUAGAAAUCCCUCACCCGAUCGAUCAUCAUGCCCGCCGAAGACUCUAAGCUCAAGACCACGCCCCUGGACCCGCGUUUCCCCAACCAGAACCAGGCACAGCACUGCUGGACGCGCUACAACGAGUUCGUGCUCUGCCUUAAGAACAACGACGGCGACGAGGACACGUGCAAGAAGUACUUCCAGAACGCCGCCUCGAUCUGCCCCAGCUCUUGGAUGGAGCGUUGGGACGAGCAGCGCGAGGAGGGCUCGUUCCAGGGCGUGCAGUACAUCAAGGAGGACUAAAUGCACUCGGCCUCUUGAUGCUGCGUCUUUUAUCUCUCUCCCCCUACUCCCUCAUGUAUGAAGGCUCAAGACUUUGUACUGUCAGCUCUGGUUAAUGGCAGGAAGUAGCUCGAAGCUCUUGCGGAGCUACAUCCUCUUCAUGCUCAAGAGACGGCGUACAUUGACUGCAAUUUUUUUCUCUCAAAAUGAUCAUUUUGUUGUCUGUGGCAACUUUGCCAUUGGGGGCCUUCAUUACAUCCGCCGAGUUCAUCAUUAACCUGCAAAUAUUAACACACACCAAA